CAGAUCUUGCUGAUCCUUUGUCCAUUACUGGUGCUGCACAUAUUAAAACUGUUAAAAAAUAUGUCGUACCCACCAUACAAAAAUUUUUUUCAUGUCGUGGUAUUUUUCAGAAGGAUAAUGCAACGCUGCACAAGUCAAAAGUCGCCAUGGCCAUUUGCGAAGCUCAUAGAAUCAAAAAAUUAUCAUGGCCUCCCCAGAGCCCUGACCUGAAUCCUAUAGAGAAUUUAUAG